UUUUUUUUUUUUUUCCUUUUUUGUAUUCGCUCCUUGCUUUGCUCUCGCCCUGUUCCGAGCCGGCCGAGACAUCACCACCACGCACCAAGAUCGAGAUUUCUGUACUCACAACGACUGGGAGCACACGCGACACACGCAACACCGCCAGAAUGAGCCCGUCGGCUGACGUCACGGCCACUGGCCACGCCAACGAGUAUGACCAUGUCCUCCGCCCGCGCCCGCGCAAGCCGCAACAUUCGCAGGUCUCACAGUUCCGCAUCUCCUCUGCCAGCGACGGUGAUGGCCACCUCACCUUGACACAACCGGAUGGCCUCAGUGCCACUACUAGUGGAAUGACGAGCGGCCGUUCCACACCCAUCCCCGAUAACGCUCCUCCCUCCGUCAAGUCUCUCUCCACCGUCCGCAAACAACUCCGUGCCGAGCAGCGCCGUCGCAUCUUCCCAACGAUCGAAUUCGCUUCGCGAGUUAGCCACUUCGACCCGACUAGCGACUACCGAGACUUCCAUGGCUUCUUCAAUCUCUUCUGGAUUGGCCUUGCCAUCAUGGGCAUCACGUCGAUGCUGCGCAACAUGAAGGACACUGGUUUCCCGCUCCGCUUUCAGAUCUGGAGCCUCUUCACUGUCAAGCUCUGGCACCUUGCCGUCGCCGACUUCCUUAUGGUCGCUACUACGGCUAUCAGCUUGCCCCUACACCGAGCUGCCCGCGCCGCACCCGAGGGGGGUGCUAUGGGCUGGAGCCGUGGUGGCAUGGCGCUCCAGAGCAUCUUCCAGGUCGGCUGGUUGUCCCUAUGGAUCGCCGUCCCCUUUCUCCUCGAGUGGACAUGGACCGCACAAGUCUUCUUCCUCUUACACACCAUGGUCCUCCUCAUGAAGAUGCACUCAUAUGCCUUCUAUAAUGGACAUUUGUCAGAGACGGAAAAGCGACUCCACGCUCUGGACAACCCCACUGCCGCUGACCGUCGCCCGGCCUAUCUCUAUCCUACUGCGGAUGGUGCGGUAGGUUCCGAAGGUGCCUCCGGCGGAAGCUCCGGCUCUAGGUCCCGUAGUAAGAAGCGCCGUCGCCAAGCAAGUCGACGAAGACAGCAGCAGAACCAGCGACCUCGUCCGGAGAGCGACAGCAACAAGAGCAACGAUGACGACGAGAUCAGCGGCCUCACGAGCAUCCACCCCCAGCCGCCCUCCAGCCCUGGCGCCGGCGCCAGUGCCAACACCAGCGGCGACGAAGUUGAAACUCUGCGGGAAGAACUCGCCCGCGAGCUCACCAGUCCCAUGGGUAAUGUCACAUACCCUCGUAACCUUACCUGGUCGAACUACUGCGAUUACAUCUUUUGCCCGACUUUGUGCUACGAGAUCGAGUACCCCCGCACUUCCUCUAUCAACUGGACAUCGCUUAUCGCUAAGAUCGCAGCCACGUUUGGCUGCAUCUUCCUCCUCACCAUCAUUUCCGAAGAAUUUAUCCUGCCUGUCCUCGUCGAAGCCUCAACACGUCUCGAUGCCGUUCCCGCCGUCUCCUCCGUGUCCGAGUCAGCUCUCAUCCUCGCCGAGACCAUCUCGUGGCUCCUCUUUCCCUUUAUGCUCACCUUCCUCCUCGUGUUCCUCGUCAUUUUUGAGUACAUCCUCGGCGCCUUCGCUGAGAUCACCUAUUUCGCUGACCGCCACUUCUACUCGGACUGGUGGAAUUCCACCGACUGGAUGGAGUUUUCUCGCGAGUGGAAUAUACCCGUUUACAGCUUUCUUCGCCGCCAUGUCUACGGCGCUUCCCGCCCCCGCGUCGGCAAGAGCGGCGCCACGGUCAUCACAUUCCUCAUCUCUGCUGUUGGCCACGAGAUUGUCAUGGCAUGCAUUACUAAGAAACUCCGUGGAUAUGGCUUCGUCUGCCAGAUGCUCCAGUUGCCCAUUGUGGUGCUUCAGCGUACCCGAUGGGUCCGCGGCCGCGAGACCCUUAACAACGUCUGCUUCUGGUGUUCUAUGAUUCUUGGGCUUAGCUUGAUCUGCGCCCUUUACGUCCUCGUUUAGUCUUGACACACGACACCACGCUUUAUAGAAUGCACCCAUCCCCUCCGAUUACGCGAGGGGGCAUGUACAAUACCUAAACUCUCAGGGGACAUAUCUCUCAUUUGGAUUUUCCUACUCGGCUCUCUGAUUCAGGCAUACACCGUUGCCUUGGAACCCACAUGUACAAUAAUACGAAACGGACUUUGGAAGAAGGCAUGGCGGAAGGAAUGGAAGGACGGAAGGAAGGAA